AUGUUCUACCGGCUGCUCUCCAUUGUCCGACAGCCAAGAGCCAGCCCAGGAUGGCAGAACCGGCCCUCCACAAGAAGCAGUGCGUCCGCUGCCGAAGCUCAUUCCGUCCCCCUGCCCGCCCAGGCACAGGUGGUCAUCUGUGGCGGUGGCAUCAUGGGCACUUCCGUGGCUUAUCACCUCUCCAAGCUGGGGUGGAAGGAUAUUGUCCUCUUGGAGCAGGGCAGGCUGGCUGCUGGCUCCACGCGGUUCUGUGCUGGCAUCCUGAGCACAGCCCGGCACUUGACCAUCGAGCAGAAAAUGGCAGACUAUUCAAACAAGCUCUACCAUCAGUUAGAGCAAGAAACAGGCAUCCAAACAGGUUACGUGAGGACAGGCUCCCUCUCUCUGGCCCAAACCCAGGACCGGCUCAUCUCCCUGAAGCGCAUCAACUCAAGGCUGAAUGUUAUGGGCAUCCCUUCUGAGAUCAUCUCCCCCAAGAGAGUGGCUGAACUUCACCCUCUCCUCAAUGUACAUGACCUGGUGGGUGCCAUGCACGUACCUGAGGAUGCAGUCAUGUCCUCUGCUGAUGUGGCUCUUGCCCUGGCGAGUGCAGCCUCCCAAAACAAUGUUCAGAUUUACGACCGGACAGCUGUUCUUCACGUGAUAGUCAAAAAAGGUCAAGUCACUGGCGUGGAGACAGAUAAAGGACAGAUUGACUGCCAGUAUUUUGUCAACUGUGCUGGUCAGUGGGCAUACGAGCUGGGUCUGUCCAACGAGGAGCCGGUUAGUAUCCCGUUACAUGCCUGCGAACACUUCUACCUUCUGACUCGCCCCUUGGAGACCCCUCUGCAGAGCAACACACCAACUGUUGUGGAUCCUGAUGGGAGGAUUUAUAUUCGGAACUGGCAAGGAGGCAUCUUGUCCGGCGGCUUUGAGAGGAACCCGAAACCAAUCUUUACUGAGGGCAAGAACCAGCUGGAGAUUCACAGUCUUCAGGAAGAUUGGGAUCACUUCGAGCCCCUGUUGAGUUCCCUCCUGCGGCGGAUGCCAGAAUUGGAGGCCCUGGAGAUUAUGAAGUUGGUCAACUGCCCUGAGACCUUCACACCAGACAUGCGCUGUGUCAUGGGUGAAUCUCCCACAGUUCAGGGCUACUUCGUCCUGGCAGGAAUGAACUCUGCUGGCCUGUCAUUUGGUGGAGGAGCAGGAAAGUACCUGGCUGAAUGGAUGGUAUAUGGUUAUCCCUCGGAAAACGUCUGGGACUUGGACUUGAAACGAUUUGGAGCCCUCCAGAGUAGCCGCACCUUCCUGCGCCACCGAGUCAUGGAAGUCAUGCCUCUGUUGUAUGAUCUGAAGGUUCCCCGCUGGGACUUCCAGACUGGGAGGCAGCUACGUACAUCUCCUCUUUAUGACCGGUUGGACGCCCAGGGAGCCCGAUGGAUGGAGAAACAUGGAUUUGAGAGGCCAAAGUACUUUGUUCCACCUGAUAAAGACCUCCUGACGCUGGAACAGAGCAAGACCUUCUACAAGCCAGACUGGUUUGACAUCGUGGAGUCUGAGGUCAAGUGCUGUAAGGAGGCCGUGUGUGUCAUUGACAUGUCCUCUUUCACGAAGUUUGAAAUAACAUCCACUGGGGACCAGGCUUUGGAAACGCUGCAGUACCUCUUCUCCAAUGACCUUGAUGUGCCCGUGGGCCUCAUCGUACACACCGGAAUGCUCAACGAGAAUGGAGGCUACGAGAACGACUGCAGCAUAGCUCGACUCAACAAGCGCAGUUUCUUCAUGAUUUCUCCAACUGACCAGCAAGUCCACUGUUGGUCCUGGCUGAAGAAGCACAUGCCGACAGACAGCAGCCUGAUUCUGGAGGACGUCAGCUGGAAGUACACUGCUCUCAACCUGAUUGGCCCCCGUGCUGUGGAUGUUCUGUCUGAGUUGUCUUACGCACCUAUGACUCCUGACCACUUCCCGAGCCUCUUUUGCAAGGAGAUGAGCGUGGGCUACGCCAAUGGCAUCCGGGUCAUGAGCAUGACACACACAGGGGAGCCAGGCUUCAUGCUUUACAUCCCAAUCGAGUACGCCCUGCACGUGUACAAUGAAGUGAUGAGUGUGGGACAGAAAUACGGCAUCCGGAAUGCUGGCUAUUAUGCUCUUCGCAGUCUUCGAAUUGAGAAGUUUUUUGCCUUCUGGGGUCAGGAUUUAAAUACCUACACGACACCCCUGGAGUGUGGACGGGAGUUUCGGGUGAAGCUAGAGAAGGGCAUGGACUUCAUCGGCCGGGACGCGCUGCUGCAGCAGAAGCAGAACGGGGUGUACAAGCGCUUCACCAUGUUCAUCCUGGAUGACCACGACACAGAUCUAGACCUCUGGCCUUGGUGGGGCGAGCCCAUUUACCGAAAUGGGCAGUAUGUUGGCAAAACCACCAGCAGUGCCUACAGCUUCACCCUGGAGCGCCACGUGUGCCUGGGCUUCGUGCACAACUUCUCUGAGGACACCGGGGAGGAGCAGGUGGUGACGCCGGAUUUCAUCAACCGGGGAGAGUACGAGAUCGACAUCGCCGGGCACCGGUUCCAGGCCAAGGCCAAACUCUACCCCUUCAGCUCGCUCUUCACCCACAAACGCCGGAAGGAGGACAUGGAGUUAAGUGACUUCCACGGGAAGUAAUCCCAGGAGUCCCUCCUUCGCACAGGAGGACACCUUAGAAGCAUCUCUUCCUCCCUCCUUUUCUGACCUUCACCUUCCUCUUCAUCAUUUAAAACUUUACUUAUUUUAAAUCUUUUUGCUUUCAAG